AUGACAGCAUCACGAGUCCGAGCCCGCAAGAGCAAGGUUUUGCGCUCCGUUUUCCAAACUGACGUCUCACAGCCCACUCCUCUCCUUCUGCCGACGGUACCAGGAGAGCCCUUUGGUGGGCCACUCGCAUCUUCCACCUCCACAACCCGUCUGGCCAACAUCUCCUCACUCCAAACAGCCAGUGACCAGGUCCGCUGGGACAGGGCGUGGCAUACCGUGACGUCAAGAAUUCAAUUGCCAGCCUCGGUGGCCGUGGAAGACUCCUUCGGCACCUUGCCCGCCGAGUCGCAGGACCGGGACGCAUCAUUCUACGAGAGUUUGGCGCUUCUCCUCGGCGCACCCACCGCUCUCCCCCGUGCCACCCAUACAGAGGACGUUCUUCUGUGGCACACCCAUCAGGUCCGCCAGCACUUUGUACACCAUGUCCUGCCGUUGUUGGCUGCGUGUGCAGCACAGGGUGACCAUGCACAAGUCUUGCUAAGCAGCGUGCAGACGCUGGAGGCGGCGCAUCGUCAGUAUCUCUACGGGCUAACCCUGAUCGUGCGAGGCCUUGAGGACGAGGCUGCGAAGUCUCUGGUGGUGGACAAGUUCAAACGAGACUUACAUGCUAUUAUUGGCAACUCAUGGGCAAGGGGCUUGGCAGAAGCACUACGAGGUGUCUUGUCCCGUUUACUUGCGCUUAUUCUGGGAUCAAAUCGGAACGUAUUGGCAUCAGGGGCUGGCCACCGGGAUGAAGGGCGAAUGGACACUACGAGAAAUGAGCUCCUGGGUUUGCUGGAGUCGCUGGAUAAUGUUGGCUUGGCAGGAGACAAGUUUCAAGUGCUGUUUGCUGAGAUUAUGGACGAGUGCAUGAGUGACUUCAUACGACGGACAUAUACGGGAGUCUGGACAGCGUUGGAUGUGGCUGGAAGUGUGAAUCCAUCUGCCUCGUCUGGAUGCAUGGCCCAUUUGUGCGGCUGGGUCGAGAACCAUUACGGCCGUCUUGCCGUGGAAGUCUUUAGUCGUCUUGGGGGGCAGGUUGCGUGGACAGACGUUGAGCGAUGGAGAGAUAUCGCAGUCGGAAGACUGGCUUCAUUGCGUAUAAAGGAGUUGUUCGACAUCGUGCUCCAUUGGCCGGAGAGUAAGGGAGGUCUCGAAGACCUUCGGUCUGCCGUUGCUACGCCGCAACGCAGGCUGCAGCUCACUGAUACUUUCUCAGCUACCUUGCAGAAACGACUAUUGCACCCAGGCAGGUCCACACUCGACAUUUUGCAGACGUAUAUUUCCAUGAUUCGGACGUUUCAUCAGCUCGAUUCUUCCAAGGUUUUGCUAGAUCGAGUGGUCCAUGCUUUGCAACUAUAUCUCUGCCAGCGAGAUGACGCUAUUCGUAUCGUGGUCACGGGCUUGCUUUCAAAUCCGGACAGGGUCGACUCGGACGAGAGCAAGCAGCGACUCGUCGAGUUGGCCGUUUUGCUCGAUGAAGCCUCUCAGCAACAACGAUCUCAUGUUGAUGACGAGGAUCUCGACUGGGAUGACAUGGCUUGGGUACCUGAUCCCGUGGACGCCGGUCCGAAUUACAAACGGCCAAAAAACGAAGACGUCAUUGGCACUCUCAUCAAUGCCCUAGGUUCGCAGGAGAUCUUCAUCAAAGAAUUCCAAAUGAUCAUUGCAGAACGACUGUUAUCGAACCAAGCGGGCUUUCAGCAGGAGAUCAAGGUCUUGUCUCUGCUCAAGAAGAGAUUCGGGGAAAACGCACUGCAAAACUGCGACGUCAUGGUCAAGGACGUUUACGACUCUAGACGAGUAGAUGCUCUUCUCCGCAAGAAUCUACCCUCUACGGACGGCCAGCAGGCAAACCACCCCCACCCCGUCAACUAUCACUCCAAGAUCCUGUCUCGCCUCUUCUGGCCUAGCCUUCCCAAGGCUCCAUUCACUGUUCCCGCACAUGUUGCUGAAAUACAGAGGAAAUAUGAAGCAGGCUUUCAGCAGCUCAAGACUUGUAGAAAACUGACGUGGCUGGACCACCUCGGCAUGGCAACUGUUCGACUCGAUCUCGACGACCGAACCCUAGAACAAGAGUGUAAAACGUACGAGGCCGCCGUCAUUUACGCCUUCCAAGACGACGAGGGCUCAGCCCACGGUCCUCAACAGCGCACAUUUAAUACGCUCUGGGAGAAAUUAAUGAUUGACGAGGACUUAUUGGAAUCCGCGUUACGAUUCUGGGUCUCCAAACGUGUGCUCCGUGAGGUCGGGAACCAGACGUACGAGGUUCUGGAAAAGCUCGAUCAAGAUGAAUCAGCGAAUGCUGGCGACGACGCCGGCUCUGCUGAUGAGGCGGUCAAAACGAGCCAGCCGUCACCUCGUAAGCCCAAGACGGAUCCGAAGGAGCAGGAACGCCGGACGGUGUAUUGGCAGUUCAUUGUGGGCAUGUUGACCAAUUCGAGCCCUGCGAUGCCACUAGGCCAGAUUGCGAUGAUGAUGAAGAUGCUUAUUGCUGAUGGAUGUCCAUGGAACAAUGAAGAGUUGCAGGAAUUUUUGGGGGAGAAGAUUGCAGAGAAGGAGUUGGAGCUUUCGGGGGGCAAGUACCGGCUUGUGAAGAAGUGA